AUGGUGAAGUGUGUUGCAGUUAUUCUCUCAGGCUGUGGAGUCUAUAACGGCACAGACAUUCAUGAGGCCUCCGCUGUCCUCGUCCAUUUGAGUCGUGCUGGAGCAAAAGGGACACCUACAGACGAGAAGAGAAACAUCCUGCAGGAAAGUGCUCGAAUCGCCAGAGGUGACGUCGCUGAUCUGGCCAAGUUGGACGGGUCAGCGUUUCAUGCUGCCAUCAUCCCAGGUGAGACUGAGUUUCCCACAAAUGAUGUGGCUAAGAACCUGAGUGACUGGGCAGUGAAGAACAAGGACUGCACCAUCCUGCCACAUCUGGGGAAGCUCAUCAAGGAUUUCCACAAAGCUGGGAGGCCGCUGAGCAUGUGCUGUAUCUCCCCCAUCCUGGCUGCUAAAAUCCUGCCUGGCUGUGAGCUCACCGUGAGGCAGGACAAAGAGUGUGAAAAGUGGACAGCAGGUGUUGUGAAGGAGAUGGGAUGCAAACACGUAAACAAAGAUGUGGAGGAAGCUCACAUCAACGUCAAAAACAAGCUGUUCACUACUUGUGCCUUCAUGUGCAACGCUCCCAUUCAUAAAGUCUUUGAUGGAAUUGGCAUCAUGGUUAAAGAAACUCUGAAACUGGCUUAA